UUUUAUUAUGUUAUAUGAGCUUGGAAGUUUCAACAACGUAUACAAUCUGGAUCGGAAAUUAUUUCAAUUUUAAAUUAAAUUUCAUUUGCUAAGUUCAACCAAAUUUAGCAGUUUUACUUUUCCAUUUUACUAAGAAAUUGCGGUAAUGAAACGUUUAGACAUUUACAGCGCCUUCGUGGCCCUGGGAGGUCCAGGUACCAAAGAGGACAUUAUCAUCCAGGUGGCCAAGCAGCAGAACAUUCGAUUUAAUGAUUUGCCUCAACUGCAAAAAGAAGUUGAUCAAGCACUGGAGGAGAGCCAAAGAUUAGGAUUCAUCGAUCGACAAGGGACAAUCUACAAAUUAAACAUGGAGACGACGCCAGCGAAGUGUUUGAACUCUGCUCCCAAUAAACCAGCAUCGACAAAGGCAAGUCAAGCAACCGCAACAGCAGCAGUGGAGCGCAUUUCCAGACAACUUAAUGGCCAAGGAGAUGGAAAGCGAAGUCAUUCUGUAGCGAGCACCCGAAGCGGUCCCAAGUCACCUCCAUUGUCCUUGUGCUCAGCCUGCGUUGUGGAUCCCAAUGUGAAAAUAGAGCGGCGCAAGAAUUCGAAUAACCUGGACAAAAUUCUGUUGCCUAAAGAUACGAGUGUCUGCUCUAUUUGUGGCCUUAACAGCGAUAAUUCCGGAAAUACUGAAGAGCCGGAUGUAGAUAAAAGUGUAUGGCCCCCAAUGCGUACUUUAAUAUGAGAUCGUGAGAUAAUUUCUAGCACUGUCAUGGUUGCUGAUUAUUUUGACAAACUGACUAAAUUAGUAUGUUCUUUCUAUCGGACAAAUUGUUGCUUCACAAUCAACAAUGCAUUUAUAUAUAUUAUAUGAAACUACUUUGAGACGAGUAAAUAAACAAGUAUUAACAAAA